ACCUCUCGUUGGCGCACGAGAUCGCGACGUCGCACUUGCUGGCGUGGGUUGUUGGGGCGGUAUUUAAAACCUUAAACGGCACCACUUGGCGGAAAGGAACAUUACAUUUUGAAAGCGGGAAAAAAAAAGUUUUUUUCUUUUUUAAAAAUUGUUAGUCUAAAAUAUUAGAGAACUGUUUGCCUAAUAGCAAGUUUAUUUAAAUCAAUUUUUAAUUAAAAGAUUGUAAGCGAAGUAUUAGUGUGAAUAAUUUUCAAAAAACAAACAAAUAAAAAGAAUUUUUUAUAACCCAUUUCAUAAUUUCGGAGCGCAGAAGAGCUACAAGAAAAUUUGAUAUUGAAACUGUCCAGAUCAAGCCAACAAAGAAUACAAAUCAAACAUGACGUCACUUCUGUGGUCAACUGUAACCUUGACAUUGAUGUUAGCUCUUUCCUGCCAAUCAGGUCGACGAGUAAUGAGGAUGAGAAAGACAUAAUUAAGAUAAUUGGAGAAAGGACGAAUUAGACGCCUCUCGACUCAACCCUCGCAAUGAUUACAUGUCCGGGCGUGACUCUCACAGCGACGCCUCAGUUGAAGGAUUAUCACUUCCGUCUUACGCCUGGGGGCACGUCCCCUCCCUCUGGUACCGUGACCAAGACGACCUUGACCGCAGCGAGUUGAGGCUGGUCAAAGGUCACCACCACAGGCCGUCGUACGCGGCGCUGCUGGCCCAGCUGAGGAGGGGCGUUGGCCCGGCUACGGGGGAGAGGUCAGGGUUUGCCGCUGGGGGAGGGGAUAGAGAAGAGGCUCAAGCCCAGCGGGUUCCAGGGGAGCCGGGGGAAGAGGUCAUCCCCGGGCUAGAGAAGCUGCUACUCGCUAGCUACUACCAAGGGGCAGAGAAGCGCCAACCACCCUUAGGAUUCCACGGCUCCCGUGGAUGAAAGCUAUCCACACAACUAUUUUCUCAGGAUUAACCAUUGCUAAAACAAUUUUUGUCUGUUCUGACUGGCUGUCUCAGUCUGUCAAAUUCUGGUAGUUGUAGGACUAUUUAUAGCUGACCUAAUUGUUGGUACGAUUACUUCUAAAGUUUAUUCAAAAUUUGAUGGAACAAACUCCAAGCGUUUCAUGUUUAUUGAUAUUUUCUACCAAAUUUAAUUAAUCUGAUACAAGUAAUAUUUUAUGGGUAAAAUGAUAUAUUUCGAUGAAAUUAAUAAAAAUAAAACUUUAAUAUAAAAAUUC